AUGAUUGAUGUUUCGGACAGAAUAUCUGUUCUAGACGGAUUCAUUAUAGACAAAAAAGAAAAGCGAAUAAUAUCCACAAGCUCCGAAGUCAUUACCAAGCUUGGCCAAGCUCUGAAGAAGAAUCUUUCAGCAUGCGAUCUUAAAGAUCUCCACUCUACUUUCAGCACCACAAAUGUCUGCUUCUACGAUCUUUCUGAGCUCAUGCCACAUGUCACAAUGACAGAAGUAUUCAUAAAAAAAAGUAGUGAUGGGCGUUACCAAACCAAGAGCCGUAAAUUUAGCGGCUCCUCCAAGUACCAAGCCACCAUUAUCAGAUUAGCUGGCAAUAAGAACUAUUACUUGAUUCAUCGCAAGAAAAGUGACUCUAGCAUGGCUUACGAUAUCAUGGGAUCCUCCAAGGAUAUCCAGUUUGUUAAGUCCAAUACAGUUUUAAAACUAAGCAUCUGA